CGAUCCUCCUAUGCUUAGCAUCUGCCAUUCAAAUGAAUAUCGCAGUAACAGCACGGAAACUAUUCUCAUGAUAAAAUAUGUAUUUCAGCACUGGCCAAUCAUAUUACAAACAAAGAGUUAGUAAUAUCCUCAGCCAUGCGCCACCGGACCUUCCAUCCUUUCCCCGGUUCACGCCUGCAGUUAUCACUUCCCAUUACGUCAGAGCCGCGGUACGACACCCGCAGCGCUACCACGGUAAAGACCACGGAACAUUCCUGCAGACGUUGAUAGACGUUGCAACGUACCACAAUUACAUCCGUUCAGCCAGAACUCUUCCCUAUGCCUUCCUGAGUGUAGCUGUGAUCCGUGAGGGAUAUUAACUCAGUCAUUUCUCAUCUUCCGCUCGAAUAUCGCCCCCCUCCGCUCCAUUCCUUCUACUUUAACAUUCGUUAGCUUCCGAACCACUAUUCCCGGCUUUCCUCGGUUAGUUUAUAAAUCAACAUGGAAACUGUGACCACGCCGGUCGAUACCACGACACAAAUCUUGCCCGCCUCGCACAUUCAGUCACCGUACCACAUCAACAUCCCGGUCAAUGCGCUUCCCACGGAAGAGUUGAUUAAGCGAUUGACCAUCUGGCGCAAAAUCCUCAAGCAGUUGAUCUACUACUUCAAGGAAACGUCGCUCGUCAAGGAAUACAACUCCAAGAUCAACACUCAGAUGUUGAAAAGCGUGCAGUUUCCUUCAAACCAGGGUAACAACCUCAGCUUUAAUAUCAAGACUGCGUCUGCCAACAAGGUCAACAAGCUUGGGGCAAAGAUCGCGGCCUCGAAACAUGGACUUGGGCAAGUGGCGAACAAUGCAACCUCUAAGCCGAAUCCAACCGUAGCCGGCGAGAAGGGCCAUUCCCGGAACAAAUCGGGCGGAAGCUUGGUCAAUCUCAUGAUGUCGGAACGUAACGCCUCUACCAGCACCCUCGCUUCGGAGCCUUGUCUCCCCCUGGGCGCACCUACUAGUCCCGAAACCCCCCUCAACAAUGAUUUCAAGAUCCCUGACACGUAUUUUACCAGCCAGGGUGCUGGGGGUAUCAUGGAUCUUUCUUCUAUCCUUAGCAACUACCACAAAAACCUUAACGUGAAGGAACAACAAACCGCCGUUCAGUUGGUGACCAAGGUCAUUCCGCGGUUGGAAAACCUCCGGAAGGACUUGGUGGUUAAAAUCAAGGAGAUCCGAUCCAUCACGCCGAAAGACUUCAAGGUUACCAGUCUCAAGACUGAGGUGGCGAUUACGGGAAAGUUGCUCGCGCAGUUUAUCAAAUCUAUUCAGUAUUUCUCUAACGAGUAUGGCUUGGGAAUUGCAACGCGAAGUGUGUCGGUGGAUGAGUACCAGUACUCUCCGAAGGAUGAUCCGUAUUUGUUGAAGUUGCGCUUGGAAUUACAGCUCCGAAAGCAGUUGAUUGAGGAGAACUACAUCAAGGAAAACUUUGUCAGCUUGCAGUCUGCUGGGGAGCAACUAGACAAGAUCAUUUUCAAGGAGAUCUCCAACGCAUUGAACAAGUACAGCGUGUGCCUCUGUCAGGAAAUGGACUCUCCGGUGAACCAUUUGUUGAAAGAGUUGAAAACCACAAUCUUGUCCAAACCUGCCAACUUCGAGUGGGAAAACUUCAUCAUGCAGAACCCCCAGCAUUUCAUGGUGGCCGCCCAGGUGCACCCACGAAAACUCUCUUCCAUCCUCUAUCCGCAUAAGGAGGUCUUUUUGAACAAGUGUAUCAGAUCGGGCUACUUGUUGAAAAAGAACAAAAUUUUGAAGAACUACGCCACCAACUUUUACGUCUUGACCCCCAAUUUCAUCCACGAGUUCAAAACCCCGGAUAGAAAAAAUGAUCCGUAUCCAACCAUGUCUCUCAACUUGAGCGACAUUAUCGUGGCGAACUUGAACCAGUCCCUGGGUAAAUUCUCCAUCAACGUGACCGUUUCAUCCUCAAGCAAGUCAAAGUCGACCAUGGUGUUGGCCAGUGGCGCCACUUCCGCAAUUACCAAAACCUCCUUCGUCUUCAAGUGUACCGACCCCGUGGACUUGGCCAAGUGGUUUAAUGACUUGAACAACUUGACGUCGUUUGAUUCAAUAGAGGAGAGGUUUGGGUACGUAGAAUCCAAGUUGAUGGUGAAGAAUAAGACCUUUACCCAGAGUGACCAUAUUCUCCAACAGACCCCGAUCGCCGAAGAACGCAACAUGUUUGAAGAUGUGGGUAAGACCAAGGAACUCCUCGGAAAGUUGGGCCUCGGAUCCAAAACUGCCGAAACUCCUAAACGUGUACUUGAGUCGUCUUCUAAUUCUGGGUUCUCUUUAUCCAACCUCAAUUACCAAUUCGGUGGCAACAAAAACCUUGACCAGGAUGGCCUUUCUGUGGUAGGAAUCCAGUCUCACCCUCUCUCUCCGAUGAUUUCUCCAAACAUUGAGCGUGUCUUUGAAAGAAACCCCUUUGACACGAGUUUUAAUCCCGUGGAAGACUCUGAGAUCCUGGCGAAGGAUAAUGAGGUGGAAAGCCCUGUUUGGAGUAUUGAUAGUACGCCAAAGUCUGGCGGGGUAUCCCCUGUUUGUGACCUGAGCGCAUCGCAGGAUCUCACCUCCCAGCUUAUGAUGCAACAGCAGCAGGCAAUCAUCCAGUAUCAUCAGCAGCAAUUAGAGCAGAUGCAAAGAACCUCCCAGAAGAUCCAUCAGCAACAGGUACAACCCCAGGCUGUGGCACGCGCUGUCUCCCCUCGUCCUGGCUUUUCCCCUACCGAAAAUGUCUUCAGUUUUAUUCAGCAGCCGGUGCAAGCGGCCAGCCGUGGAGGCUCCCAUCAGUCUGUGCAUCACCGCUCAACUUCUUCUGGCUCGGUUGUAUCCAACCUCAGCGAUGGUCUGGGGUUUUCUUUUGGCCCUAAGGUGACAACCCCACCUGUGGCCGGAGCCACCAACACGAUCUUUCUCAAUCCAAAGCAUAACAUGAGCACUGGCUCUGUUAUUUCCGCUACUCAAGCCUCCCAGAUAAAGCAUGUAUUGCACGGUGGCACGGGCUCCACCGGCGAUGUUGGUGGGGCCAGUAACAUCGGUGCUGUUUUGCAGGGGUUCGUGACGGAAGCCCAUUCCAGUGAGGGUACUUCUCCUGAGGGGGGCUUUCCGGAAAUUCCUAGUGUCACGGUUACCCCCUAUCAUUGAUUUAAACGAGCAGGACUUAAUAAAUAAUUAAGCAUGCGGUUAUGAGUAUUAGAUCUGUAAAGAGGUGUAAGUGAUUGUAU